CUACCGCUGCUGCAUCAGGUGAAUAUCUGCCCAUCAGCCCGGGACCCGCUCUCCUCCACACACAUCUAUGUCUCCUCUUCCUUCCUCGCUCACUCCCUCUCCCGUGUGACCGAUCGCGUGGGCUGUUGAUCUCGGAAACCCAGAAGGAAACAGAGAAGGAGAAGACCGAGGAGCAGGUGUCAGAGUUACAGACGACAGAAAGAAUGGGAAGAAAGAAAAUACAGAUUUCUCGUAUUCUGGACCAGAGGAAUAGACAGGUGACCUUCACCAAGCGUAAGUUCGGUCUGAUGAAGAAGGCGUACGAGCUGAGCGUGCUGUGCGACUGUGAGAUCGCCCUCAUCAUCUUCAACAGCACCAACCGCCUGUUCCAGUACGCCAGCACCGACAUGGACAAGGUGCUGCUCAAGUACACGGAGUACAGCGAGCCGCACGAGAGCCGCACCAACACAGACAUACUGGAGACUCUGCGCAGGAAGGGCCUCGGCCUCGACAACGCAGAUAUCGACCCUGAGGAGAGCGCCCAGGUGGCUGCGGACAAAUAUCCUCUCAGCGAGGGCAUGGAUCUCUCUGUGGCCCGCCAGCGCUUCUACGCUCCUUCACUGCUCUCACCCGAGGCCCAGUUCCUGGUGUCCGCAGGCUGUGAGAACGGCUUCCCCAACUGCUCUGCAGCCAGCGUGGCGUCCCAGAGACCCCCUGGAUAUAAAUCGGUGGGCUCCAGGCCCGGCUCGGCCAGCCCUGCUGCAUCAUACGCACACACUGCGUUUAUGUCUCAACACUCCGGUAUCGGCUACUCUGUGUUGUCCCAUGGCAACCUGAAUCGAGCUCUGGACAUGAAGAGUCCUCCGUCUCUGAAUCUGGGCGGCGAGAACAUGCGGGGGGAGGCUGCUAAUCAGGCCAUGGGCGCCACACGUGUUAACCACAACUCUGCUAGGGGUCUCCUGUACCAGGGUCUGCACACUGGGAGCUCCAUGAUGGCCAUGGGCAAGUUGGGCCACAGCUUGGGAGGCUACAGCCUUCCCUCCCCUGGAACGCCCCCUGAGUACAGCCAACCUGGUUUUUAUCACUCUGUUAGUCUACAGCGAGGAGCAGUGAACCCCUGGCAAACCGUUCAGCUGCCUCAGGAGCACCAUAUAAGUCCAGGGAUGUCCAGCGGGGGGUGCUCCUUCCCUUCUCAGUGUUGCUCCUCAGCCUCCCCUCAUCUGCCCUCCCUGACCCUGAGCAUCAAAUCUGAGCGCAGCUCUCCUGAGCACAGGUCCUCGCCCACCUCCCCUCCUUUGCACCACCUCAGACAGCAUUCUCCAAUCAGCGACCUGGGCUCAGCCUGCCACAGCCCUCCAGAAACCGGGGCGGCCAAUGGGACGAAAGAGUAUCCCAAAGCCGGCUUCCCACAGGAUGAGAAGGAAGGAGGGCAGCCGCUCAGGCAUUUAGAGAUGAGUGACGGCUGGCAGAGAUAGCUGACUGCUGCAGUCUACUGUAAGCACCACAUGUCCCCUUCACACAGCUUUCCUCCAAUCACAUGGACACAUGCACACAUGCACACAUGCACACAUGCACACACACACGCACAAGAGGUCGAGGUGGGGUUGAUUCGUCCCCAUCAUCCCAGAGAGGAACACCUUUCUUUGUCUCAUCACACAGAGCUGGACUCUCCUGGGCAAAUUAUUUCUCUGCAUCACUCGAUUGAUCCCGUGAGGAGACAGAUACAAACAUUUUGCUUUUUGUUUGGUUAGUAUCUACGUUUUCUGUGAGGAGAUAAUGUGAAUCGAAGGAAAAUACAGUCGGAAACGUGUUUGUCUUGUUCUGUGACUUUAUUGAAGUUAGUGACAGCAGCACAGUGGGACCAACUGAAUUUCUCCAAAACGUGUGGACGUAUAUUUUUUGGCUUUCAAAGCGGCCUCCGGUGUUUGAGGUUUGGCGUGUUAAUUGGUAAAUAGCUGUAAAAUUACACUCUACACUGUCUUAGUAUAAAUGUUACAAUGAAAAGCAGAUGGGAACUGGAGCAGACUCUUUACACCAGCCAGAAGAAGCAAUGUCUCUACAGUACAAUCGGUUUGAGCCUUUAGCCCCAAACCAGCAACAUGGCCUCCUCACAUUACACAUUAAAAAUCAAUGGAGCCUUGGUCUUGUUUGAAAUGAUGAAAUGAGCCUGAACAUCUUAAAGGAGAGUAGCAUAUUAUUUUUCAGGUUUAAGUCACUGUAAUUGGUCCCGGCCGUGAAAAGAUUCCUUAAGAAGACAUUUCUAAUUUAGGAAAUGACUAAAUCUGUUCAUUCAGCACAAUGAUUCAUUCUCAAAUUCAGCUAGUAUGAGACUCUCAUGGCCACUCAAACCAAAUUAGGUAUUUUUAAUUUAAAAUGUCCCUAUAGGCAGUGUUAGUUACAGGAGAGGUUCAGUUUAUUUGAUAUCUCACACACAAAAGUUCUUUACAAUCAAAUACAAUGAGAGUUUUGCACAAAAGAUACUCCCAAGAUUUAUUAUAUUUUAUACAAAACUAGAUCUCACUCACUAAAUUUACGAGAUCUAGAUUUUUAUCUGGAUCUGAACUAAAUUGCACAUUUUCCACAUCAAGAUCCAUUAAUGUUUUCGGAGAAAUACAUGAAAAUGUGGUACACAUUUAAAGUGACCUGUAUCAAAGUACACAUCGACGUGUUCGAAGGGAAAAAAAUGAACUGACCCUUUAAAAAUCUGGGCAUCAGUGGAUCUCAGGAAUUUGAUUGUUUCCUUAAAACAAAGUUUAAGAUAUCGUUUUUUUCCAUGUUUGUGUGUAAGACUAUAGUGGUGGAUGAGCUAAAUAACAGUUUAUAUUAUUCUUACCAAUAAUUAUAGUUUCAUCCUUUAAAUCUAAUAAUAUAAUAUAUAAUUCAAUACUAAGACUUACGACAAUCUGCUUUAAAUAAAGACCAAAGUGUUUGAAUACAGUCCCCAUGCAUCACAAUCAAAUACCGCAACACCCAAAGAUGUAUGUAUUUAUCUAUAGCAGGUCUAUUAAAUAAUAUAACAAUACAAUCAAUUCCUCUUUCUGAAGGGCUUAGCUUAGUGUGUAUUGAUAUUUAGAAAUAUAUCAUAAGCUAUGUAAUGAAUGAGUCAAAUUAUUCAGAGGAUUUUUUUUUUUUUUACAUAUAAAUUUACUUUGCACUGUCUUUCUGUGCACUUGAUAUCUGAGUGUGUUUUUUUUCUUUUGGCAUAUUCAACUUUUGUCCUGCAAAUGGUAGAUGCAGUACUUACAGAGUUGGGAUUGGAAUUACGCUUAUUGUCCACAAGGGGUCAUCUUCUGAGUUACAGGGCAGCGUUAACUAUCGGUGAUAAAUGAUCUAAUGAAUAUCUAUGAUUGAUUAGUACUGGUUCACUCUGCAGACUCUAUGAAGCGGCUGGUGGACGACUUCAAAUUCAAGUGCUGCUGUGGAGUUCGCUUCUUUCCUUUUUCAAAAUGCAGUUAUGUGGUUUUAUUAUCAGCAAGAAAAACCCAAUUUUAUCAGUAUUCUGAUGUUUUGGAUUUUGUUUUCAUAUUCGCUGAACGCUUCACUAGCAGAACAGAGAGUUUUUUUUUAUUAGACAUUUGUGGUGAUUUCGUUUAAAUAAAAAAUGGUUUGAUUUGUAUGGUUGCUUGGCUGUCUUUUUUUUUUUUUAAGUGCCACAAAGGAAGUGUACUUUAUUUUAUUUCUUUUGAGAGAAAAUUGGGAUUCAGUUUUGUCCUUCAUGUUCAUCCAGCACAAAGACCGAUAAAAUGCCUUCUGUUGUGUAGCUAUCAAGCUUUCA